AUGAAGACUCUCAUACAAGGCAUGUUUGGUCAGGUAAAGGCGGGCGAGGUUGUAGCUAUCAUGGGUGGUUCAGGUGCUGGCAAAUCCACUUUGCUCAACACAUUGGCCGGCCGAAUUGGGCCAGGAAAACUUACUGGUGAAAUUCUGACGAAUGGCAAAAAACGUAAUGCAUCGACAUGGAGACAGCAAUGUGCGUAUGUCGAGCAAGACGAUGUCGUCUUUCGGAACUUGUCAGUAUACAACACACUCAUGUACUCUGCCCUUCUCCGACUGCCAUCCACUAUGCCUAGAUCCGAAAAAGAACAGCGCGUUGAAAACGUCAUUGCCAGUCUUGGCUUGCAGGGAUGUCGUGACACUUGGAUUGGUGAUUCAGAAGUUCGUGGCAUCUCAGGCGGCGAGCGGAAGCGAGUUUCCAUUGGUAUUGAGCUUGUGACGGAUCCAGAUAUUUUAUUUUUGGAUGAACCUACUUCGGGUUUGGAUGCGUUCAACUCUUUAAAUAUUGUCAGCACAAUCAAACAGCUUGCGGUUGCUCAAAACAAAAUUGUGCUCAUGACAAUUCAUCAACCACGCACAGAUAUUUUGGAACAGUUUGACAAAAUUGUGCUGUUGAGUGUUGGAAAAUGCCUGUGGUUUGGCAGUACGAGUGGUGCACUUGAGAAUUUUAAAAGUCUAGGCUAUCCUCUUCCCGAAAAAACCAAUCCAUCCGAUUUCUUUUUGGACAUCAUGACACUAGAUUUGCGAUCCGAUGAACUGCGCACAAGCUCUAAAGCACGUAUUGACAAAUUCGUCGCUUCAUACGAAGAAAUACGCCAAAUCAAGCAUAAUACUAACCCUACGACUUUUGUUGCUGGGAACGAUACUAGAGACUCUGUAAAGGAACCUACUGUAUGGCCGUCUAGUUGGCUUACCGAAAUUAAAGUUUUACUACAUCGUAAUAUGGUUGAUUUGUCACGAGACAAGGCAACAAUUGGAACGACAUUUGGACAAAGUAUAUUCCUCAUGCUUCUUAUUGGCUUUAUAUAUUUUAAACUAUCCCAUGAUACUGCUGGUGUUCAGAGUCGUAUUGGACUGUUGUUCUUUAUUUGUAUCAACCAGACAUUUUCAGUGGUUAUGCCAAAUAUCUCAGUAUUUCCUAUACAGCGACAGAUUAUCAAAAGAGAGCGUGCUGCAGGUUCUUAUCGAUCGUCGUCGGCAUUUAUUGCAAAAUGGAUUUCGUCUCUCCCUCUCUCGUUUUUGGGUGCUAUUGUAUUGACAGUCCCAAUCUAUUGGAUGGCUGGACUUCAACCUACUACGGAAAAGUUUUUUACAUUCGUUUGUGUUAUUUUGGUACAUGUGAAUGCAGCCAAUGCUCUUGGUCUGCUUAUCGGAGCUGGUGUUCCUAAUGUUCGCGUUGGGCUGAUUAUUGCUCCACUGGUUAGUAUCACUUUUGUCUUGUUUGGUGGCCAACUAGUCAAUCUUGACAAGAUCCCAGCAUUUCUUCGGUGGCUGCAAUGGAUUUCUUUGAUUGCAUAUUCAAACAAAGCUCUUUGUCAAAACGAAUUUUCUGGACUUGUUUUUGAUCCAUGUCCUGCUAACCGUACCUGUUAUGCCAAUGGCGAAGCAGUUCUUGUCGAAUUUUCAUUGCACACUCCUACUCUAUGGACUGGUGUGAUUAUUAAUGUCGCUAUUUCUGUCGCCUUUUUGAUUGGCGGAUAUCUCAUGUUUGAUCGUACAAGUCGUCCACUGCUUAAACUCAAAUAG